AUGGAGUUUUCUGAGCACAUCAAGACCGCCAAUGUUGAAGAUGUUGUGCUUCAGCAGCCUCUGCACCCUCCCAGCAAGGGCACCCUGUGCAUCACCGGCCACCACCUGCUGUUCUCGGACAGAGAGGACAGUGGUCGGCAGGUUUUGCUGCUGCUUAGAAAUAUUGACGCUGUUGAGAAAAGCAGUGUGGAAAACCUUUUGACCUACUUCGGCCUCUUUUCUAAUGCCGGCCGCAGUGACAGGGCUACAGAAUCUUCAGGGACCAUCAUCAUCAAGUGUAAAGAUUUGCGUGUGAUCCAGCUUGACAUCCCAGGCAUGGAGCAGUGUCUUAACAUUGCGCAAUCUAUUGAGACCCUGUCCUGUUUGGACUGUGUGGUGGAGAUGUACCCGUUUUUUUACCGUCCCCCCGAUGCCAGCCUAAAGGACCAGUGGGGUCUCUCAAGCAGUGAAAGAUAUUACACUGAAAUGGAGGAGCUUCAUGAAAGAUGGAGACUGACCACUGUGAACCAAGACUACUCAGUGUGCCCCUCUUACCCUCCGGCUGUCAUUGUCCCCAGGGCGCUUGGUGAUGAUGCAAUUAAAAAGGUGGCCAAAUUUAGACAGGGGAGACGCUUCCCUGUCCUCUGCUACUACCACAGGAAAAAUGGCAUGGUAAUUUUGCGCAGCGGUCAGCCCCUGACGGGGGCCAAUCGGAAGCGCUGCAUCGAAGAUGAGCUUCUCCUGCAGACUGUGAUUGAGGGCUCAGACAAAGGUUAUAUUAUCGACACACGCUCAGCUCAGCAGGCACAGCAGGCCAGAAUGUUGGGUGGCGGGUUUGAGUCCAAAUCAUCCUACAGCCAAUGGAAGAGACUACAUAGACACAUGGAAAGGGGUAAACCACUCCAGGAGAGUCUAAUCAAACUGGUGGAGGCCUGUGGUGACAAGUCCCCUAGUAUGGACCGCUGGCUCAGUAAGCUAGAAAAUUCCAAGUGGUUAUCACAUGUUCAAACUGCUCUGUCAACUGCUGGGCUGCUGGCAGAAUGUGUGGAGAGGGAUGGUCACUCAGUUUUAGUUCACGGCUCUGAGGGGACAGACUCCACACUGCUUAUUAGCACUCUUGCGCAACUCAUUAUGGACCCAAGUUGUCGAACACUGGAAGGCUUUCUGAGACUUCUAGAGAGGGAGUUUGUAGAGGCAGGACACCCAUUCCAGCAGCGAUGCUCCCACUCAGCCUUCUCCCAUGCUCGUCUCCAGCAGGAAUGUCCAGUGUUUUUGUUGCUGCUGGACUGUGUGUGGCAGUUAUGGUGCCAAUUCCCCCUCGCCCUUGGCUUCUCUGAGGCACUGCUCCUCAGGCUGGCUACUGAAGCCUAUGCCUCAGACUACGGCACUUUUCUAUGUAACAGUGAUAAAGAACGCUGUGCUCUUCAAGUGAAGGAAAAGACACAUUGUUUGUUUAGGGCCCUGCUGAAGCCAAGGGAAAGAGAACAGUACACCAACCCACUAUAUGAGCCUAAUGAGCUGGCCAUUUGGCCUUCAGUCCACCCACAAUCCUUACAACUAUGGAAAGGCUUUUUCCUAAGGUGGACCUCACAAACUCAUCACCUUGAAUUGGUCCAGGAGGAAAUAAGGAACAUGGUCAUUGAAUGGGGAAAGCUGGCACUCACCUGA